ACCCCCACAUCGCCAUCAUGGCAUCACCACCUCCCUCUCCCAGUGUAUCUGCAUCCUCACGCAGAGGAUCCAACCCUUUCACUCGCAAUCAAGACAGCGUAGACUCCAUCACAAGGAGCUUGCGCAGGCAAUCCUUUGGCGCUCACUCCACCUUUUCAGACACAAUCGAUGAAGAGGAAGACGACGAAGAAGGCGCUGCUACGACUGCACCCGGUGUUCGACAGAUCGAAAGGGGUGUCGUGGGCUCAGGCACUGGCGUGUCCGUCAAUGGAGGGCCCUCUGAUGUAGAGGGCAUUCCCAUCAAGCCUGCAUUGGGCCCGGCUGGAGGCGGUAGACGCCAUCUCAAGGUCGGCAGCAUGGAGGAUCCUGAUGUCGUCUAUGGAGAAGAGCGUCAAAAGCUUGGACGUACAACGAGUGACAACGCAGCCAAUACUGCUACCCACAACAGGGCCCCCGGCAUCAUCCGUACAUACAGUAUGGCUCAGCAAAAGCGCCGUCCCGUCGUCAUGAAUGACGAUCGUAUCAUUCGCCAGCGCAGACUGAGUCACGAUGCAGUCCAGGAAGGGCCCCGACGCUUCAUUGUGGACGUAGAGGAGACGAUGAGGCUCGUGCUAGAGCAAGAAGACACCGACGGCAACUUCCAGAUCUGCGUCACUGACAGCGGACCAAAGGUCUUGUCUCUGGGCACAGCGACCAGCAACGGCUACAAGGGCGUUGAUAUCCGCGGAACCUACAUGCUGUCCAAUCUCUUGCAGGAGCUUGCCCUAGCUCGCGAACACGGAAGGAAGCGUAUCGUCCUCGACGAGUCGAGGUUGACGGAGAACCCCGUAGAUCGGCUCUCUAGGAUGAUCAGCCAGACAUUCUGGCAUAACCUGACCCGCCGUAUCGAUGCUGGAGGACUCGAGAGAAUUCUAAGCGACCCCAAGAAUCGCUCGAAGCAGCAGACACCUCGCAUCUUCAUUCCUCGAAGCGAGACAAAGCAGAUUGCUUACUAUCAGAAGUUCGCAGAUGAACACCCUGACUUCAAUCUUACCAUCGAGAUCCUUCCCGAGAUUUUGACCUCCGACUACACUCGUGAUCUCAACGAGAAGCCUGGUCUUCUUGCUCUGGAGAUGAAGGAGGUCAUCAACGAGAAGGGAGAGGAGACAUUGGAGGGCAUUCCCUUCAUUGUGCCAGGUGCUCGCUUCAAUGAGCUCUACAACUGGGACUCGUACUUUAUCUCGCUCGGUCUCGUCGUUGACAACAUGGUGGACAUGGCCAAGGGUACCGUUGACCACUUCAUCUUCCAGAUCAAGCACUACGGCAAGGUGUUGAAUGGAAACCGUACCUACUAUCUGAUGCGAGCACAGCCGCCCUUCCUCACUGACAUGGCCCUGCAAGUCUAUUCUCGCCUUGAUCCGUCAAAGGAGGAGGAGAACAAAGCUUGGCUCAAGAGAGCGAUCCAAGCUGCUGUCAAGGAGUAUCACACAGUCUGGACUGCCGCGCCUCGAAAGGACCCAAAGACUGGUCUGAGUCGCUACCGUCCCGAGGGUCGGGGUGUGCCGCCCGAGACCGAAGCAAGUCACUUCACGCAUGUGCUGCGCCCGUAUGCCGAAAAGUACGGCAUCAGCGUCAACGAGUUCACACACAAGUACAACUAUGGACUGGUCGAUGAGCCCGAGUUGGAUGAGUACUUCCUGCAUGAUCGAGCAGUCCGAGAGUCGGGUCACGACACUUCGUACCGUCUCGAGAAGCGGUGCGCCAACUUGGCCACCAUCGACCUUAAUGCCCUUCUGUACAAGUACGAAGUCGACAUUGCCACUGCCAUCCGCGAGCUCUUCGACGACAAGCUGGAGCUCGAAGACGACUUUGUCCUGGGCGCUACUCUCCCGCCCUCCAUGUCGGACCAGCAACCGGACACGCCAUCCCGCUCCAUCGAAACGCCACAAACCUCUGCAGAGUGGUUCGCCCGUGCCGCCUUCAGGAAGAAGCAGGUAGACAAGUACUGUUGGAACGAGGGCCGUGGGCUGUACUACGACUACGACACGGUCAAGGAGGAAGCCUCGCACUAUGAAUCCGUCACUGCCUUUUGGGCCAUGUGGGCUGGUCUUGCCUCUGAAGCUCAAGCGCACAAGCUUGUAACGCAGAGCUUGCCCAAAUUUGAAAUGCAGGGUGGACUUAUUCCCGGGACGGAAGACUCACGAGGCAAAAUCACCCUCGACAGGCCUAACAGGCAGUGGGACUACCCUUAUGCUUGGCCACCCCAUCAGAUGCUCGCCUGGGUUGGACUGGAGCGAUAUGGCUACCUCGAGGAAGCUCGUCGUCUAGCCUACCGCUGGCUCUACCUCAUGACCUCUGCCUUUUUCAACUUCAAUGGCGUCGUACCCGAAAAAUUCGAUGCAGUAGCACUAUCGCACAUGGUCAAUGCGGAAUAUGGUAAUCAGGGAGUGGACUUCAAGUUUGUUCCCAGGGAAGGCUUCGGUUGGUCUAAUGCCUCCUUCCAGGUUGGACUUACCUUCCUGACUGUGCAGCAAAGGAGAGCAGUGGCUGCUCUCCAGCACCCAGAUGAUUUCUUCAAGACGAACAAGAAGUAAAAGAUGGGAAGGGUGGGGGCUGGAAGGAAGAAGACCACGAGGAGAGGGGAUAUGUUGGUUGAAAUCUAGAGUUGUGUACGACUUGAAGGAAUGUAUAGAUGGCUGGAGGUAAAGGAAGAUACGUACAGAUUGGACAAGAGUAGGGAGGAAUGCUUGUCUCGACUGCUCAGAUUCGCGCAUUUGUGAUCGACCCUACCCGUCUCGACUCGACUCGACUCUUAAUGCUAUACGCUGCUUAUGCAUGCCU